AUACAGGAGUACCCCUUCAUCACCAUGAAGCAAUUCCCACAGGGCUUCAUUCAAAGUAUCGGAGGUGUUGUGUCUGCAAGAUCUGUAAAGCUUCUUGACCAAAUCAACAAUCCCGAUGAGCCUGAAACUCGUGAUGCGUGGUGGACGGAGUUAAGGAAAGAGAUUCGUUCCCAUACACGCUCCCUCGGAUGCAAUGUUGUACUAGGCUACAACGAAACCACAAACAUCUGUGAUGAGGUGGUGAUUCUGUCCGCGAGUGGGACAGCGGUGCUUUUGAACCCAGUGGUGGAUAAGGAGUUGGGCACUGCAUCCACGGCAAGGCACACUGUUGUCCCAGCACCUUCAAAUACAGACAAGGAGAAGUCUGCACGCUCAACUGACUCCAGCUCAAAACCUGCAGGAGACAGCAUUGAUGAUGCAACGAGCAAGCUGGACUGCCGGUUAUGCCACAUUCCUUACAAUGAAGCAAGUGUUCCUUUUCAAGCUCAGCUAGUUAAAUGUGGUGUCUGCAGACGUGCCAAGGUGCCUGACGUUCUCUUCACGACAAUUGAGCCACCCGCUGGGAUGCCGUUUGUAGGCAAGAGCUGCCUAAUUCAGGCGAGAGUAUGCAAGAACAAGAAGGACCUCAAAGGGGAGCAGAAUGCUCGAGAAAUUAGUGAUAGUCUUCCAUUCCUUGAGAUUGAAUUGCAUCGUCAAAUACAGACUAAGCUUAAGCUCAAGAACCUGAAUGGCAUUUUUGGCUUGAAAGUGCAAGUUGCCAUUGGAGAGCGCCUUAUUGCUGGAAUAGCUACUGGAACUGGUGCAUGCCUCACAGCAAUACCACUGCCUUCUUUACCCAUUCCAAAGUUACUUAGUCGUCGUCAGGAUCAAACAGCAUUGAAGCAGAAUGGAAAAUCCACCGGUGACUCGGAUACCAGUGACGAUGAGCGGGUCACUUGCGACAAAAGCCACCAAGCAAAAUACGAUGCUUGCGUUGUGGAGCUGGAUGAUGCUGAAGAUGCAAUGAAUAUUCUGAGAGAGCCGCACAUGCCAGAAGGAUUUGCUAUGUGCAACACAGAGGUAGUGCCUGGCAUGGAUGGCUUUAGCUGCAACCUACAACUGUUUAUGCAAACAUACCGAGCCAAGCUGUUUCCUGGUGUUCAUCCAAGUCGAAUAUUGUCCCAACACUUUGACCAUAUUAUUCAAAGUCUUUUUGUAAAGCUUCGAAAAUUGGUUCCAUGUUGCUUAGCAAGUUUGAGUUUUCAUAUCGAACUUCCUGACCAAGAUGAACUGCAGGUGGCUGUUGUCGGGACUGCUGUCAGCUUGGAUGACCAUGCCGCGGAAACUCAGACGGUCACCAAAUCCAAGCCUGUGUCAGUCUCCAUAGAAGCAGAGCAGGAGCUCAUAUUUAGAAUGGAUGAAGAGAGACACACAGACCAGGUGCCAUCUCUUAGUCAAAAGCAUGCCAGAAUUCCGAGGCUUUUCCAUAUGAGACACCAGGAACUGGGCUGUGGAAGGCAUGGUGUUGACCUGACAUCUCUUGACCAUGUGCCAGGGGGAAAGAUCGAGAAGUACUUGGGAAACCUAGACUUCUUCUUCAUCCGUGAGGGUACAAGUAUACGAGAGGAAGGUGGCCUGAAUGGCUUCGUGCAAGGCUUCAUGACUGAAAUCUUGGCAAUAGUGCGAGCUCAUGUGGCAUCAUUAGGAGGCAAUGCAGUUGUGGCUUUUCAGAUGACUCAGUGUAUCUUGCUGCACAAUCCACACAAGAAUCAGGGACAGUGCUUAAUAAAUGUGGCAGGUGAUGCUGUGCUGAUCCACUACCACUCACAGAUACCUGAUGCAGAACCAUCUGAAAACACAUUGUCACCUUGUUGAAAUAAAAAAAAAUGCUCUCUCAGACUA